GGGGUCUUAAAAAGUCUAAAAAAGUCUAAAAUUACACAUUUUCAAUUUAAGGCCUAAAAAAGUCUAAAAUAUAGAGAUAUUUCGCAGUGUAAGUCUAAAAUUGCGUUUGAGUAAUUUAAGACCUACGUUUCAAUGCAAAAUAUCGACAAAGGAUUAUUUUUUUUGUUUGUUUUGUUUUUACGUCCUUUUCCACGCCGUUCUGUUUUUUUCUUUUUCUGUUAUGGUGGCAGUUAUGGUCCGUGUAGUUCUACAUGACAUGUGCUGUUAGUGGAACGUACAAUAAUAAAACUACAGAUGUGAAACGGAAAUCUACUGUCGUCACAGGAUGCAGCAGCAAGUAUUUUGAUUCUCUGUGUGCGAGCAAGGCGGGAAUAGUUACGAAGUAGGAUAACGUCCGAAUGGCAGGAGAAAGUUAAAAAAAAAGGAUGGGUAAAUGUAAAUUCAACGACAAUUGGCUCUCAAUAGGGCAAUUUGCAGACUGGCUGAAACGCGUUCCCGCUGAUGACAGUGAGGCAUACUGCACGUUUUGCAAAAGAACUCUUAAACUCGGGACCCUGGGCAUCAAGGCACUGGAGUCUCACACAAAAUCCAGCAAACACCAGGAGUCGGCAAAUGCAGCACGCAAUUCCCAUGGAAUUGCCCAGUUCUGUUCAGUAGCAAGCAGCACGUCGUCAAUAAAUAAUAUGGGUAAUAUUCGUGAUCUAUUGGGCUCCACUGAUACAAUGAAGGCAGAAGUUCUGUGGGCGCUUAACACAGUGGCUAAACACCAGUCAUGCAGAUCCAAUGACGGCAUCGGAGAGCUUUUCCAAGCGAUGUUCCCCGACUCCACAGUUGCCAAAACAUUCCAAUGCGGGAGAGACAAGACGUCGUACAUACUCCGAUUUGGAGUGGCAGAGUUCGUCAAAAAAGAGCUUAUCUCAAAGGUGACCGGGCCCUUCGUCAUUAUGUUUGACGAAAGUCUUAACCACGCAACAAAGAGGAAGCAACUGGACCUUCACGUAAGGUACUGGGAUGACGGCCAGGUACAGUCCCGGUACCUGGGCUCACAAUUUAUGGGCCAUGCCACAGCAAACGACUUGCUGAAGGAGAUCAAAGUAAGUGCUUUUUUUGUAUUAUUUUUAUCCACUGAUUGGUCGUAAAAAUGUCACUCUUGAUUAAAAUUAAUAGAAGUACUUUUGGCCAAUCGCUGCGUUUCUUACAUCUGGAGUAACAUCUUGUUACGGGGUAGCCACCUGUCACACCGGGUUUAUCGUAACGCAACAUUUCCCCCAGCACCGGUUGUUGCAUAACAACAACAUGGCCCCAGAUGUUGGUUGCUGCGUAACGCAGCAUAGUUGAUUUGUCAUUGUUGGGGAUGUAUGUUAUUCGUCGGUCUCUGCAUUACGGCAGGGAUCAUACAACUUCCGUGUUGCGGUAGUUUUAUGAUCCCAAACGUAAUGCAAAGACCGACGAACGAUUUCAUCUCCUGUUAUGAAAAGGGGCUCCAUUUAAAAUCGGAAGGUGUGUGGCUGCGCGUCUGAUCCGCAUAUACAGUUGUCUCUGUCACCAUGUCCAAAACGUUUCUUAGUGAAAAUAUUUUGAUCAUUGGGAGAUUUGGUUUAUUCAUUUUCUGAAGUAGUGCUCUGCAAUUGCUGUGUGAGAGAAUGAAUGAGGACAUCUGUGUAUUAAAUUGCCUUCUCUUAAUCAUAAUUUGUACAUGCCUCCUUUUCAUUGGCCAACCUUUACAUUCUGCUCCCAUUACUUAUUUGUAUGCUAGCUGCACAUAACUAUUGCCUGUGUGUGUGAUUUUGUUGUUUAAAUAUAUGCUAAUUUAAUUGACUGGUUGAUUUGUUUCCUUCCCUUAGGAAUGUGCGGGCCACCUGGACCUCAGCAAGCUGAUUUCGAUCUCAAUGGAUGGUCCAAAUGUGGACAAGAUCCUCAGGGCCUUGCACACAUUGUUGCAUAAUGUUCCCGCAAGACGAGAGGACUACGAGAAGACCACCAGGUCUACCCGCUUCCCGUUGGCAUGGUGUGGGCACCGAUGGCUGGAAAACCUGCCUGUCGUGAUACGAGCGUUGGAUAUCUGGUCAUCUAUGCUGGUGUACACCAAUGCUGUGAGGAGAAAGGAGCUUCCAAAUCCUGGCACUGGAAGCUUUGCUGUAAUCGAAGAAGCCCAGAAAGAUCCCCUGACUCUACCUAAGCUGCAGUUUUUCAGGAGCAUCGCCCAGCUGUUUGAUCCGUUUUAGAGGAAAUACCAGACUGAGGAGCCGGUGAUGCCUUACCUAGGCAAAGAUCUGGCAGAGUUGAUCAAGAGUCUGAUGCGUCGUUUCGUGAAACGAGAGGUUCUGCAGGACAUCACCACAGCCCAGCUUACCAAACUGGACAUAGGUGACAAGAAUAUCUUGAUGCCGGUGCACUGUGUUGAUAUUGGCUUGGGUGCUGAGGAGGCCCUCAAGAACAGCAAAAGUUCAGACCUCAGGAUUCUUGAAUUUAAAAGGGACUGCAUGCAAGGACUCUCAAGCAUGGUGAAGAAAGUACAGGAGAAGAGUCCUCUUAAGUACAGUACCGUUAGGCAGAUGGAUUGUCUAGACCCCACAGUGAUGAGCAGUGAUCCAGACGGCUGCAAGGCAAAGAUGAAGGGACUUGUGCAGACAUUUCUGCUCAACAGGCAGCUGGCAGGAGGAGUUUGUGCUGGGGACACCAUUCUCCAACAGUUCGAUGCUGCGUUGUCUGUGGAGUGCAGGCAUGAAGAUUUCAUCUCCUUCAAGCCAAUGCAAAAGAGGCUAGAUGUCUUCCUUCAUGGCUUCAUCGGCAAGGCAUACCCAGAUCUUUGGGCGUUUUGCAAGACCCUUUUACUGCUUUCUCAUGGUCAGGCGUCUGUAGAGAGAGGCUUCUCAGUGAACAAAGAGAUCGAGACGGAGAAUAUGCAAAAAGAAACAUUGGUCGCACACAGGCUUGUUUACGACUACGUUGCAAUACAUGGGGGCGUUACCAAGGUUCCACUUACACCUGACCUAAUGAAAUCUGUCAUGGCUGCCAGGUCACGGUACCGUGUGCAUUUGGACGAACAGAGGAAGAAGAAGGAGACAGAGACACAAGGGAAGAAAAGGGCACACGCGGAGGAGCAGUUACAAGACCUGAAAGUCAAGAGGGACAGUCUACAUAAAGUUACUGAGAGCCUGGGCAAAGAGGCAGAUGAGUUGGCAGAGCAAGCAGAGGGCAAGGCUGGGAGCAAAAUGGCACAUCUGAUUUCAAAAUCAAAUGCUCUGAGGAGGGCUGCCAAAGACAAGCUCUCCCAGCUGAAGGUUCUGGGGGAUGAAAUUGCCACCAAAAGUGCAGAGCUUAAAAGCAUGUAAAUAAUGUAAAUAAUAUGUUUGUUUCAUUGACAAUAAAUGUAAAUUG